AUGUUUCUCCUGUCAAACGUCGUGAUUGUUAUCGGUUUGCUCAGCGGGUGCGGCUGGGCGGCGCCUGAAUGCACGCGCAGUGCCGAAUACUGCCAAGAUCGGCUGAUGCAUCCGGCUAUGCCGGAACCCAGGCAGCAGCAGCCCCGAGUGGAGGGCGAGGAGAGCACCGCCUACUGGCGGGACCAGGGCAUGCAGUUUGUCAAGCAAAAACUGGGCGCACAGCUAAAACAGGGCAAGGCCAAGAAUGUGAUUAUGUUUUUGGGCGAUGGCAUGGGCGUGACAACCACUUCGGCGGCGCGCAAUUUGCUGGGCGGCGAGGAACAGUCGCUGUCCUUUGAUCACUUUCCCUACACGGGUCUGUCCAAGACCUACUCGGUGGAUCUGACUGUGCCCGACUCGGCAUGCACGGCCACCGCCUAUCUGUGCGGUGUCAAGGCCCAGGAGGGCACCAUUGGCGUCAAUGGCGCCGUGCCUAGAACCGACUGCAAGGUCAUGCUGGAUGAGAGCACACACGUCGACUCCAUUGCCAAGUGGGCGAUGGAUGCGGGCAAAUGGGCGGGCCUGGUGACCACCACCCGGGUGACACAUGCCUCGCCCGCUGGCGUCUAUGCGCACAUUGCGGAGCGCGACUGGGAGAACGAUGCAGAUGUUGCCGCCGACUGUGGCGCGGACUCCGGCAUCCAGGAUAUUGCCUACCAGCUGGCCAAUGGCGAGGUGGGCAGCAAGCUGAAGCUUAUCAUGGGCGGCGGUCGCAAAAACUUUGUGGACCAGAGUCUGGCGGAUUGGGGCAAGCGGACAGAUGGCCGGGAUUUGAUUGAGGAGUUCAAGGCGGCGGAUGCCGAGAAUGUCUAUGUGACCACAGUGGACGAGCUAAUGGCAUUGGAUGUGACGCAGCCACAGCGUCUGCUGGGCCUGUUCCAAGACGAUCAUCUGCAGUACCACAUGCAGACCAACGAGAGCAGCACACAGCCCACACUCGAGCAGAUGACGCGCAAGGCCAUCGAGUACAUGAGCCAGAACGAGCAGGGCUACUUCCUGUUCAUCGAGGGCGGUCGCAUCGAUCACGGCCACCACGACAAUCUAGCGCGCCUGUCACUCGACGAGACCAUCGAGUUCUCCAAGGCCAUUGGCGCGGCCCGAGAGCUCACCAGCGAGGAGGACACCCUGCUGGUGGUCACCGCGGAUCACUCUCAUGCAUUCAGCUAUGCGGGCUAUGGGUAUCGUGGCGCUGAUGUCUUCGGCAAGGCGCCGGCUACAGGCAAUGACGGCAUACCCCACAUGAUACUCAGCUAUGCGAAUGGGCCCAGCGCAGAGAAUUACUAUAAAGCUGAGACCAAGGAACGCAUCGAUCCCACCACGUUGAUCACUGGCAGCAGUGAUGAUGAAUUCCCCGCGGGCGUGCCCUUGGACUCGGAAACCCAUGGCGGCGACGAUGUGCUUGUUUAUGCAUCGGGCCCCUGGUCCCAUUUGUUUACCGGCGUCUACGAGCAGAGCACCAUUCCACACAUGAUGGCCUACAGCGCCUGUCUGGGCGAUGGCCUUACCAUGUGCAGCAGCUCCUAGGGGGCACACGCGCCCUGGUCCUGGGUGCGUGACUGCAGCUCAUCACAAUUAAGUUUGUAGCUCAUUAAAAGCAGCGAUUGCACUUGAGCUGCUACUCCUCCUGCUUUUGCUCCUCGACUUGUAUUUAAUGCAAAUUGUAAAUUGAAUUAAAGCGCAUUUCUACAAUGCUCUUC